ACCCGCGACUCCCUCUGCCCCUUCUCCAUGCCGUCGACCUCGCAUCCGGUAUCUUUUCGGCCAGCAGACGGGAGGUAAUCCGCUUCAUCUUCUUCUUCUUCCAUUCUGCAUUCUUCAGUAAAUAUAGCAAGCAUGAGGCACCAAAUGCAAUAGAAGAUAAUUUUUUUUAUACUUUGAAAGAAAAAACUCAAUUUAACAUGUACUGCGGGAAGCAUGCUGAGUUUUCCCUGAAUUACAAAGAACAAUAGCGCCAUGAAUUUUCUUCUGCUCCGUCGGGCAAUCUCCGCCGCUGAACUUCUGUACGGAGGGAACUCGUCUUGCCGAUGGUCAUGUAGGAAAAAUGUCCCCUUCAUUGGGCCGCUGCAGCCAAAUCAACACUCUAGUCUCUACUCUUUGUCAACUACAACGUGCACUUCUAGUACAGAUAGCCAGAAAGAAUCUAAAGCAUCUGUCACUGCUAACAGUAGUAGAUCCAGGACACGGAAGAAACCGGUAGGGCUGGCUAGCGCCGAAAUGAUUGUGAAGCCAACGACCAUGGACAAUGACUUGGAUUCUAAAGAAAAAGACAUUAAUGUUGUUAAGUCUUGGCCGAAGCCAGGCGAGAUUCCAUGGCAGCCGAAGGUUGCCAACUCUGUUAAUCUAAUUGGGCGUGUCCAAUUUCCUGUUCAGUUUAAAACAUCCCUGGAUGGGAAAGUCUGGGCUGCAACCGUUAUCUAUACAUCCAACGAAUCUGGUCCUGAUUCUCCAUCCUUCUGGAUUCCAAUUAUCUUUGAAGGUGAUUUAGCACACACUGCGGUUUGUCAUCUGAAAGUACAUGAUUUUGUGCACAUAUCAGGUCACCUAAGCGCUGAUCCGCCACCAUUUACUCUGACUGAUGGUCAAGCCAGUGCCCAGGUCAUGGCACGUAGCUUGAGUUAUGUCCAUGUUUCUUCUAGAACGAAAAAACCCUUCAUUUUGCACGAUAUCGAGGCAGGGAUUAAGGAAAGUACUGAGAUUCCAAAGAUCAAUAGCUCCGAGAAUCAGUUGAAGAAAAAUAUUUUUUUGGAGGCACAACUUUUAAGAAAGGGCGAAAUUCUUACUCAUUCCCUCAAAGAAGACAACCUUGUCAAGCCGUGCAGGAUUAAUGGUUCUACUGAGAUUCAGGAGAAGUUAGGAAGUUCAACAUCUAAUAAUAAUGUUAUUCAAGAAAACAACUUAGAUAGAGUAAGUAUUUCUAUGUCCUUACUUUUCCCAGGUGGCGAAACUAAGUUUGAAGACGAUGCAGAUAGGCGUUGGAAGGAGUUCUUAAAUAAUUUAGAGAAUUGGCAGGACAACCGCGAAAAAAAGCUUAGUGGUUCUCUGAAGCCCAAUUACCCAGAUUUUAAACACAAAGAGAGUGGUUUGGGAAUUUGGCUUAACCGUGCUCCCAAAUGGGUCAUGGCAAAGCUUGGUGGACAACCUCCUAGUUUGGAACAAGAAAAUAAAUUUAGAGGAUUUCAACAGAAAAAUGAUUCUUGGAAGAACCUUGUGGAAAACCCAAACAAGUGGUGGGACAAUAGAACAAGCAAGAGAAAUGUCAGAGCUCCCGACUUUAAACACCGAGAAACAGGUGAAGGAUUGUGGUUGAAUGACUGCCCGGUUUCUCUUGAAGCCAGAUUACCUCCUAUUAAAACAUAGGUCAUUGAAAAUUUAACUGUAUACGUGAUUGAGCACAGGUGUCUGGUGUUUCGGCCAUCUUAAGCAACGCAAAUUAAUAAUCAAACAUAUCGCCAUAAUUUUAAUGUUUCUGUGAGUUUUUUGUUGUGGCAUGAGAUUUUAUUUGCAGUCAUGAUUGGUUAAAAUCUGUUAUAGUGAUGACACUCUCUUGUAAGUGUGAGGACUCUUUUAGGCCUGAGUUGGACUAUUGUGACUUAGUUAUUUUGUCUGAUGUAUAUAUUGCUAGUUGAACAUUUGGGUGUU